AUGAUAGUCACUGUUCUUUGGAAAACCGACGCGGAAGGCAUGGUUAUUGACGAGCUGUGCAAGGAGCGCUGGAAGAAGCCCACCUGGGCCGCUCAAAUGGCGUACGAGCGGAACAGUAAAGCGAAGGCAAGGUCCGCGGAGACGGGCGAGCUAUUCGUACCGACCGACCCCCAGCUGAAGGCCAGGCACUUCAAAAAGAUCGCUUGGACCUCAUACGUUCGACAAGUACAUUUCUGA